AUGACAAAUGAGACCACCGUGACUGAAUUUAUUCUCAAGGGCUUCUCAGACGUGCCUGAAAUGACUCUUAUUAGCACUGCACUCUUCCUUUUCAUCUACCUUUUUGCCCUCGUGGGGAACAUGUCCAUCAUCCUAGCUGUGGCCAGAAACAUCCGCCUCCAUACUCCCAUGUACUUCUUCCUGCAGAAUCUGUCUUUCUUGGACAUGUGCUACACCUCAGUCACUGUCCCGAAGGCACUUAUCAAUUCACUUAUGGGCUUCAAAGUCAUUUCCUUUUGGGAAUGUGUGGCUCAGCUCUUUAUAUUUGUAAUGCUGUGUGCCUCUGAGUGCUUCUUACUCACAUCCAUGGCAUAUGACCGUUGUUUAGCCAUCUACAACCCUCUUAUCUAUGGUUUCAUUAUGAGCAGAAAGCUGUGUACAGAGCUUGUCAUUGUGGCCUGGUUAAGUGGAGCUCUCUAUGCCAUCUUUCACACUAUCAACACCUUCUCUCUACUAUUCUGUGGGCCCAAUGUCAUUGACCAUUUCUUCUGUGACAGCUCUCCCAUUAUGAGACUGUCUUGCAGUGACUCCCAUGUCAAUGAAGAAGUUGGAUUCGCAGUCGGAGGGUGUAUCAUUCUCAGUGCUUUUGCCCUCACCAUAAUCUCCUAUGUUCUCAUCAUCUCUACCAUUGCUCAAAUCCACUCUGCUGGUGGCCGUCAAAAGGCUUUCUCCACCUGUUCCUCUCACCUGGCCACUGUCAUUCUGUUUUAUGUCACUGGGAGCUUUGCUUACCUCACACCCACUUCCCAGUACUCUCCCACUCAAGGACGGUUAGUGUCUGUGUUUUACUCCAUCCUCACACCCAGCCUAAAUCCCAUCGUCUACUGUCUGAGAAACAAAGACAUGCAGAUGGCCCUGAAAAAGCUGUUUUUCUAUCCAAGUAGACAUGUUUUCUUGUAUUGA